ACACGAUCCAAUUACGCACGACUAGUUCCGGAUAGAGGCGUGGCUUUUGGGGGAAAGGAACAUCCUGAAUGGCUGUCUUGGAAACACAGGUCUAAUUAUGCAAGGUGCCCAAUCCAGAUAGACAAGUAAAGGAAAAGUUCCUGAAGUUCACUUGUACAGAAUUGAUUUGGAUUUUGCAAACAUGAAGUUCCAAAUAAUGAUACCGAUUUCCAUUGCGCUGUCCGUAGCCUCGUUCGCGAUGAUUAAAAUCCGUUUACCUCUAUUGGCAGCUGAAGAAAAAAGGAAUACGAUGCUAGAUGUGAAGUUGCGGGUGACCGAGGAGCUGCUGGGGGAGUUUGAGAAAGAGAAAAAUAUAAUCGACUCUAGAAUUGAGACGGAGAAAAGCGCGCAAGAGCCGCUCCAAAAGGAAAUAACUGAACUAUCCACGAACACGAAGAAAGAAGAGCUGGAUACGUGUUUGGGGCUUAAGAAAGGUUUCACCGAUGAAGAAACUUCAGCGCAAGACCAAAUAAACACGUUCCAAAUUGAGAGCGCUAAGGAGAAGACGGCUUGGGAAGCAGAGAUGGAAACUCUAAAAGGGACCCUCAAUACACAAAGUCCCAUUUGUAACUUCCUCAAAACAGGAGCCUCAUUGCCAGGUGUUUGUCCCAAGAAAGAAGAGGCAAAACCAGAGGAGGCGAAGGUCGAGCCCCCCAAAGCUGAAGAACCUAAACCGGAAGCCCCCAAACCAGAAGAGGCCAAACCAGCAGAAGCCAAACCAGCAGAAGCCAAACCAGCAGAAGCCAAACCAGAAGAGGCUAAACCAGCAGAGGCCAAACCAGAAGCUCCUAAACAAUAAAACCUGAAAGCAAACAUCUCUUUGCACAAUAGCAGCCAUCUUAUUCUGGUCUUUGACAGUGGCUGUGGUUACAUGCACACUCAAAAUCAGAUUAUUAUCAGAUAUUUUGAGUUAUAAAACUGUUAAAAUCACAUGUAAACCGCAAAAUUAUCAUCAUAUUUCUUUCUGAUAAUGGUCUUUUGACUCAUAUCAGAUUUGACAGGACAGGACUAUUAACAAACCCAUUUCCAUUUCUAUUAUUUUCCUUGAGGGGCCACUAGCCUCCCCUAGAAGAGCCAAUGCACCCCCCAAAGAUAUUUUCAUAGCACUUUUGAUCUUGACUAAAAAUGUGCAAAUGCCGACCACAAAAUGAGCCUGCAAUUGAAAAAGAUUCCAUAUGAAGUUUUACAAAUCACUACAGGGGCUUACUACAUUUCAACUUGUUUAAAACAUCAUAUCAAAUGUGUUAGAGGGAGGGGGACGAGCUCACAUCCACAGAAGAAUUAAAAUGAGCAUGUUAAGCGUGUGCCCCCAUAGGUUACCCAGCCAAAAAAAUCUAGUGCCGCCCCUGUUCUUAUGAAGGUCUUGCUAAAAUGUGUAUAGCUUUGAAAUCGCAGCUAGAGGUGUAUUCACAUGCUCUUGGUCUUGGUCAUAACCCACCCCAUAAUUCUUUUUAAAAUGAUUCAUUGACUUAUUAACUUGGUCAGCUCCCCCAUAAACUCGGGGAGGUUUAUUAGCUGGCCUCUGUUCUGUCUCAUAGUUUGUUUAUUGUUUUUUAUUUGAAUGGUGUCAUAUCAGAUGGAGAUCAGCGGGUCAGUGUAACUCUACAAAAGAUUAUUUACUAUUUUGGAAAAAGAAACAAUGAUUUAUGACUCUUAAACUUGGUCAGACAUGGGGUAUAAAAGCUGAAACAUGCACCAACUAUGAAUGUUACUAUGAAGUUACUGAAGUAAAUGUAAUUUGCUACUAUCCACAUUUGAACACGUUGCAGUUCAGAAACAUGGAAGUUUGGUUUUAUGUGUCAUAAAAUGUUGGUGUAUAUAUGUGAUAUACUUGUUACAGUUAUAAUGUUGCCUAAAAUUAAAAAAUACAUUUAUUUUAAUAUUUUUUUGUUCUAGCAAUAACCAGUAACCAGUGAUGGAGGAAGUACUCAAUUGUGUUAUUUAAGUAAAAGUGCAGUUACACGAGCAAAAAAAUACUCAAAAGUAAAAGUAUCAUAUGAAAAGUCUACUCAGGUAAAAGUAUUAACGUACCUGUUUAAAAAUGCACAGUAUUUUGUGCAGAUUUUGAGAACUAAUAAAUAAUAUAAUUGUUGUUUUUUUUUUAGCUGUUUUCAUUUGUAUGGGGUUUUUUUUGCUCAAACUAUGAACGUGUUAAAAAUAAACCAUCGGCCUUUUCAGCAGGUCUCAAACAAUAAUG